UUAUCGUUUAUAAUGAUUGUUGUUUUCAGCCUUCUCUCAGCACCUUUGGAUUUGGCCAAAUCGUUAUCAGAGCCUACAUCAGACGGAGUCAUUGUUGUUUCGUACUGUGCCAAGCAACUCGCAGAAUGUGCUCCACUGAAAUCACUCGCUCCCGUUGUCUCUGAAUAUCUUCAGUUGAAUGCUGGAGCGAACAAUACCGCAUCGUUGAUCGUAGUUGACAAGUCAGUGGUACCGUCAGGUCGUUUGGUUUACUCGGGAACUGGACCCGUGACUCGCGAUCAAGAUGACGUGCGAAGAUUCUCGACUGCAGCCCGUAACGCGAUGAAAUUGGCGUUGAGUGCGGGCAUGAAGUCACCAAUAUUGGUCACAGUACCACACCAGAAAUACCCACAAGCCGAGCUGGUGGCUGCGCUUGGUGCACUUCACGAACUACAUAUACCGUUGAAUGUUCGCGAAGAAAGUGAACAGAAAACAAAACUUUCAGCACUUGCAUUGCUACCUGUUUCGUAUGAAGCGAGUAAAUUUCUGCGACUCGUUCAGACGAUCGAAGCUGCUUUCACAGUAUGUCGAGAUAUCGGUGAUGCGGAUCCGCAACGGAUGUCUCCGCCGAAAGUGGCCGAAUACGUUGAGGAGAUAUUCCGAGGCGGUUGUGUGAAAGUUCGUGUCACGUCUGAUGCAAAAGAAAUAGAGCGUGAGUAUCCGCUGAUGAUAGCAGUGAAUCGUGCAUCAAUGGGUAUCGAAGCACAUCGUCCUCGUUUGAUAGCUCUUGAAUACAUUCCAGAAGGACCAAUCGAAGAAACGAUUAUGCUAGUAGGCAAAGGUAAUGGUAGAAGGCCAUAUUGUUCCUCUCAGUUACCAAACAGUUCAGCUGGAUUACAUGGCCAAAUGGCUCAGUUGAAGAAUCACUAUUCGCGCAUGAAAUAUUUAAAUUACUACCUGUAA